UCUCUCUCUCUCUCUCUCUCUCCUCUUUCUUAGACUCCACUUUUCCAUUCCUAUUCCCAUUCCAAUUUCAAUCCUUCUUUCUCUUACUAAAACCACACUCGCUUUUGCUUUUUAUUCUAUUUUUCCCUGGGAAAUCAGGAGAAAACCGUUCAACAGGCGAUUCUUUGAUUCUCUCUCUUCAAUCUCUCCGCACAAUUCUUAGAUUCCAAACACUUCCUGAAUUUGUUGUCCUCUGCCCUAAUUCGAGCAAUUUCCCUCGCUUUCCCGCCAGCCAAACACGCGUCUUUGAUCCAAUUGUGGUAGGGUUUUUGUGGUUUGGGGUCUGGAAGGAUGGACUCCGAGGACGAUAUGCACGAUGCUAACGAUGUCGACUCUUUGGAGGACUUCUACAGCGGCGACACCGCUGCCGACUCCGACGACGACAACGACGCCGAUUACGACUUCGACAACGAUUCCGAUGACGACGCCGACGCCAUCAUGUUGCAUCGCCAUCAGCCUAAUUAUACCAUCUUAAAGGAAGAAGAUAUACAUCAGCAUCAGGAAGAUGAUAUUGCAAGAGUAGCUGCUGUUCUUUCAAUAGCAAGUGUUUCAGCGAGCAUCCUGCUCCGCCACUACCAUUGGAGUGUUAGUAAAGUCAAUGAUGAAUGGUUUGCUGAUGAAAGUAGAGUCCGGAAAGCUGUUGGCUUAUUGGAAGAACCACUUGUUCGAUAUCCCAAUGCUAAAGAACUGACUUGUGGGAUCUGUUUUGAAACCUAUCCUCGUGAUAUGAUACAAUCAGCUGCUUGUGGUCAUCCAUUUUGUAGCACAUGCUGGGAAGGUUAUAUUAGCACAUCAAUCAAUGAUGGUCCUGGUUGUUUGAUGUUAAGAUGCCCUGAUCCAUCUUGCCGAGCUGCUGUGGGCCAAGACAUGAUCAAUCUCUUGGCAUCUGAUGAAGACAACGAGAAGUAUUCUCGUUACCUUCUUAGAUCAUAUAUUGAAGACAAUAGGAAGACCAAAUGGUGUCCUGCCCCAGGUUGUGAGUAUGCUGUGGAGUUCGUUGCUGGUAGUGGGAGCUAUGAUGUAGCCUGCCAGUGCUCAUACGGAUUUUGUUGGAAUUGUACAGAGGAAGCUCAUCGUCCAGUGGACUGUAGCACUGUGGCCAAGUGGAUUUUGAAGAACAGCGCUGAAUCUGAAAACAUGAAUUGGAGGUUGGGUGGGAUUGUGGGAGGCACCAGGUUCGAGAGGACUACCAUGCAGAUACUAGCUAAUUCGAAGCCUUGUCCGAAGUGUAAGCGUCCAAUUGAAAAAAACCAAGGGUGUAUGCAUAUUACAUGCACACCACCCUGCAAAUUUGAAUUUUGCUGGCUAUGCCUUGGUGCAUGGUCAGAUCAUGGUGAGAGGACGGGUGGCUUUUACGCAUGUAAUCGAUAUGAAGCAGCAAAGCAAGAGGGAGUGUAUGAUGAAACUGAGAGAAGACGGGAGAUGGCGAAAAAUUCUUUAGAACGAUACACUCAUUAUUAUGAACGGUGGGCGACCAACCAAUCGUCAAGGCAAAAAGCUCUUGCAGAUUUACAUCAAAUGCAAAACGUGAAUAUUGAGAAGCUCAGUGACAAACAGUGCCAACCUGAAUCACAGCUCAAGUUCAUAACAGAGGCCUGGCUACAGAUAGUUGAAUGCAGACGGGUGCUGAAAUGGACAUAUGCAUAUGGUUACUACUUACCCGAGCAUGAGCUUCCCAGGAGACAAUUUUUUGAGUACUUGCAAGGUGAGGCGGAGUCGGGUUUGGAAAGGCUUCAUCAAUGUGCAGAGAAGGAAUUACAAACAUACCUCAAUGUUGAUGGUCCAUCAGCAGAUUUCAAUGACUUCCGCACAAAGCUAGCUGGACUGACAAGUGUAACACGGAAUUACUUCGAGAACCUGGUCAGAGCAUUGGAGAAUGGGCUGUCAGAUGUAGACUCUUAUGGGGCUUGUAGCAGGACGACAAGUUCAAAGAGCAUGGGAGGCACCAGUAAGGCUAGAGGUGGAAGGGGAAAGGGAACUACAUCCCGAUCCAGUAGCUCCAACAAAACCCCAGAUGAUUCAAGUCGAUGGUAUUGUGAACACUGUGCUACUGCUAAUGCCAAGUCUGCCUACACAUGCCAGAUGUGCCACCAGCGACGGGCCUAAUCCUCCUUGCACCUGCUUAGAGUACCCUCACAAAGCGCGCUCAAGAAAAAUGAAGGGGAUUUUCACUAGACAUUAAGGACAUAAACAAAUUCGGUGGUUCAUCCUCGUUCUGAGGCGGACAAACAGUGAAAGAGAAGUAGGAGUGGAAGAAAAGAAGUCGAGGAAACGGAGUGAGUUUACCGUCUUUUGUGUGUUCAACGGUGGCAUUUGAACAUGAUUUUCAUGUACAUAGUAUCUAUAUAUCUAUCUAUUUAUCCUUCUGUGAAUCUACUUGUUGAGGUUCUAAAACUUGCUUCUGCUCCAUCAUGUUGUAUUACGUACAUAGCCAGAGGCAAAAAGUGCAAAUAUACUCAUUUGUGUCUUUUUGAUUUCUCUUUAAAAAAAAAUUGAUUUCGUGCUGCUUCCCUCAA